AGACUGAAAGUGAUCGAUAAAGUUGACCAUAAUUAGUAGAUCUAGGCCCAAGGAGCUUACUUUAAAUUUCCUUGGUCGAAGCACGAAUUAAAAAAUGGGAGGUAACUUUUCCUGACUUGUGAAUUUUCUCGAUUACUGUUUUGACCGGAAACUGGGUCAAAGCACUGCGCACAGGGGGGACUUCGUGAGGUCACUAACUACGUCACGAAGGAAUUUCCCGAGAUCAUCCGAAAAUAGUAGGCGGUGUUGACAGGGAAGUGAUUCACCGAACGUGCCCUCAGAGCAAAGAUGGCGGAGAGACAGCGAGCUGUGCUCACAGAGCUUGUUCAACAAGAAGGAAACAAUGAAUGCGCCGACUGCGGAGAGAAAAACCCAGACUGGGCCUCAUGCACCAUUGGAGUGUUCCUGUGCAAGGACUGUGCGGGGGUGCACCGUGCCCUAGGCUCCUCCCAGAGCCGCAUCAAGUCCAUUAAACUGGACAACUGGGACAAGGAUCAGGUGCAGGUGAUGGAGAUGAUCGGCAAUGUCAAGGCCAGGGAUACUUAUGAGCUUUGUGUCCCAGAGUUUUACAGCAAGCCCUGCCCUGGAACUGUUGACGUGUUAAGAAAAGAGUGGAUACUGGCCAAGUACCAGCGUCUGGAGUUCUCAGACCCGGACAACCAGAGCAGCUAUAACUGCGCCACCAAGCAGGGCCUCUUGUGGAAGCUGGGCCGAGACAGGAAGCAGUUUGCUCAGAGAAAGUUUGUCUUGUCACGGGCGGAGAACAAACUGUACUAUUACGUCAAUGAGGAGAACGGCAAGAACAAACAACCCAAAGCAGAAGCUGAUCUUGAUUUUGUGAAUGCAGUGUUUGUCCCGGAGAAGAUUGGGAACCCGUACGGUCUGCAGAUCACGUACUUUAAGAAUGGCUCCACCCGCAACCUCUUUGUGUAUUCAGAAAGCUCUAAGGAUAUUGUUGACUGGUACAUGUGUAUACGGGCGGCCAAGUGGGAGAGAAGGAGAAUUGCAUUCCCGGACAGAGAUCUGGUACAGCUGGCAGAGGAUCUGACCAAAGACUUCCUGUUGGAGGGUUGGCUUCACAAGAUGGGCCCCAAGAACGAGCCAUUCCGCCGUCGCUGGUUCACCCUGGACCGCAGGAAGCUCAUGUACUUUGAGGAACAGCUGAACGCGUUUGCCAAGGGCGAGGUGUUCAUCGGCCACAAGGAUGCUGGCUACUCUGUCAGCACCGGGGAGGAGGAGGGCAACCGGGGCUCCAACAGUCAGACGAGCGGCAGCAGCUACUGCUUCACCCUGCACACGCCUGACCGGGACUUUGUGAUGCGCGCCGAGACGCAGGAGGACAUGGAGAAGUGGGUGCUGGCGCUGCAGCGUGUGGUGGAGAUGCCGCUCACUCCACAGGACAGCAAGUUGGCAGCAUUGCUGGUUCCUAAGAAAUCCUCCAACUCUUUCCGGCUCAUCAAACGGUAGACAGAAGAGACGAACGUUGUUUUUUUCCAUGGUGCUGAGCUACUCAAGACCCCCUGGACCCCACGGACCCCUGGACAAAGACGACGCUUUGUGGAAGGGACCAGCAUUUACCCCAAGUUCCCUGAAGACUCUGCGUUGAAACAAAGUGCAGUGACCUACGACCUUCCCACCGAGCACGCCAAUCAAGAGCAACAGUUUUGUUGCCAUGUUUCAGGACGUGUUAGAGAAUGGAUGAAUGAACCCCAGCCUCCCCUCUCUCUCUCUCUCUCUCUCUCUCUCUCUCUCUCUCUCUCUCUCUCUCUCUGUUUCUCUCUGUUUCUCUCUCUCUCCCUCUCCCCCUCUCUCUCUCUCUCUCUCUUGGCUGCACUUUGUUCUGUUAAGAGUUCUCAUUGUUGGCAGCGACCUGAGGGUUGACACUUUUUUUCUGUCCAGACACAAGGGUUAAUGCUUACCGCUGUGGUGAUAGGAGGGUUAAUGUUUGCUUCUGCCGUGACCGAAGUGUUUAUGCUUGCUUCUGGCUUGGCAUGAGAGUUAACACUCGCCUCUGCCCCGACUGGAAGCUUCCUACUCGCUUCGUUCCAUCUUGUGGACCACUCCCCCCUGGACCAGUUGUUUUGGUUAGUGAUGUUGUCAUAAUUAUUUCCUCUGUAUACACGUCUGAUGGCACUAUGGUUUGUUUUGUUGGUGAAAUGUAUUUUAUUCUUUGUACAAAGAUGUAUAAAUAUGAUAAUGUCCUACUCGAACCAUGUAUCCGCCAAAUUAGGCCAGACACUUCUUUUGUCUGAAUAUGAUUUUAUAAUAAGUAAAAAAAAAACGGAAAAAAAA